CAAGUAAGGUCUGCAGAGGUCAACGUUAAGGGUCGAUAAUACACACGGCCAGUUACCUGUCUCAUUAAUCUACCAGAGAUAUCUGAUGAGGAUGACACCAAGAUCCAACCAACAGACUUUUAACUUGGAUUUAGGGGCAAAUAUGCCGUGCAUAUUUUUGGUGGCAGCAGUAUAAGAAAGGAUUCCUAUUUAGUUGUAUUUUCACGAUUCACCACUAAAGGCAGACAUACAGUUUACCAAGCAUGACAAGUUACCCAUGACAUCACAGUGCUCCAUUCUCCACCAAGAGUAUAAAAGGCCAGAACACUGAGCAGCAGUCGUUUUUCAGCACUGGGCAUUCGGCAUUGUGCAACCUACCGAACAGCAGCUAGCAACUGACAGCAAGAAUCACACACGAUAAAAUCUAAACCCAGUAAAGUUUGAGUCUUAUGAAUUCUGUACUGUGUUUUUACUGACACGCUGGGCUGAAAUUUGGGAGGCUGUGGUCGACAUGUCUGGUAAAGAACGUUCAGAAGGAAAAAAGAGCUCACACCACACAGAACUGUAUGCUCAGGUCCCAGCAACAUGUCUGCCAAUCGUUUACUCUCCAGUGUAUAACAUCACCUUUAUGGGUCUGGAGAGACUCCAUCCGUUUGAUGCUGGUAAAUGGGGCAAAGUUAUCCACUUCUUAAAAGAGGAGCAGUUUAUCACAGAUGAGACCAUUGUCGCAGCAAGAGAGGCGAGUGAGGAGGAUCUCCUGGUGGUUCACACCAAACAUUACUUGAACAGACUCAAGAACGAUAUCUUGGAGGGCUCGAGAGAGUGGUCUCUGGUGGUUGCCACUAUCACAGAAAUCCCUCCUCUUGUUUUUAUGCCCAACUUCUUGGUGCAGCGCAAGGUGCUGAGACCGUUACGCACCCAGACUGGCGGUACUAUUAUGGCUGGAAAGCUCGCCAUGGACAGAGGAUGGGCAAUUAACAUUGGAGGAGGCUUUCACCACUGUUCCAGCGACAAGGGAGGAGGUUUCUGUGCAUAUGCCGACAUCACACUUGCUAUUAAGUUUCUCUUUGAUCGAGUGGAGGGCGUCUCCAAGGCCACCAUUAUCGAUCUGGACGCUCAUCAGGGAAAUGGACAUGAGAGGGAUUUCUUGGACGACAGACGAGUUUACAUAAUGGAUGUCUACAAUCGCCACAUCUACCCUGGGGACGGAUACGCCAAGAGGGCCAUUAAGAAGAAAGUGGAGCUGGACUGGGGCACAGAAGACACCGAGUAUCUCCAGAAGGUGGAACUACACUCUGAGGGCACAUUGAAUGAGAUCAGACCUGACAUAAUUGUGUACAAUGCAGGGACUGAUAUUCUGGAUGGUGACCCUCUUGGAGGCCUGGCCAUUUCCCCUCAGGGCAUCGUGAACAGAGAUGAGAUCGUGUUUAGGGCAGCACGGAGGAGAGGGAUUCCCAUUCUCAUGGUGACGUCAGGAGGCUACCAGAAGAAGACAGCACGAAUCAUUGCUGACUCAAUCCUGAACCUGCACAGACAGCAUCUGAUUGGUGGAGAGGCAUUGGAAGAGGCAGGGCAGUCAAUGGUGCCUGUCAUGAUGAGCAAGUCUGUGUCAGCAGUGGCACCUUUCAACGCUAUCUGAUGUUUACAUCCAGCUCUUAGCCGUUUGUUUAAAGCUCGCAGCACUGUCCCUGUUUUUGUUUAUAAAAAAACAUUUAAUCCAAAAAAGGGUGAUCCAAGGAAAUUUUUUCUUCAGUUGUAAGUUUUUGUAACUACUACAGCCUACACUGCUUUCACCUCUAGUCCUUUAUCGAUGGAUUAAUUAUUUUUAGAUUGUAAUACUAUACAUUGGUACUUUAUGCAACGCUCAUUUGCACAAUAAUAAGUAAUGUUAAAAGCUACAGCAAUCCUAGGCAGGAAGCAGGUUUUUAAUUUACUGUACAACAUAUUUCUCUCUAACAUUACCAAAAGUAUGGUAUGGUGCAAAGUACUACUUUUUUAUUAUAAGAAUUUUAUUUGAAUAUUUACAUGCAUUAUUCAUUGGUCUGUUACUUUUAGUACAUUUCUGUACUGUUCUUAUUUAAAAAAAAAAAAAAAAAAAGCCAUAAUUAAUGCUUAUAGUUCAUCUCCCAUGACUAGACCAAUCCAAUAGCCAUAUUCUGAAAAAAGAUUAAUCUGCAGGUUUUUUCUACCUGGGUUUGUGGGACUCAACCAGUUAGGUUUUUUCCCACAGACUUAAUUUAAAGGUGAUUUUUGUGAACCAUAACCCUGUCCGUGCCCCCUAGCAAGUCUUUGCAAGUUUCUUUUUUCUGCAUGCUGACUUAGCAUGUGCGUUAAGAAAUCCAGCAUUGAGGGGAAUAUAAAUUAUAAAUAUGUGCACUCCUCCUGGGUCAAUCCACCUCAGAAAGGUGUAGCUGCUUGAGGCCUCUUCUGACCAGAGGUAUCUUCUUAUAGCCAUUUCUAUAUUUUUUCCAAAACACUUAACAAGAAAGAAGCAACCUGAAAUAUAUUUUCCCUGUUAUGCAAACAUAAAGGUUUCAUUCUGGUUAAUGGCCAUUGAAAACAAGGUCUUCUUGUAAAAUUGAGAAGUUUCUGCCGUCUGCUGGGUUUAGCGCUUGGCUGCUGGAGUGCAUUGGGAAUGGUAGUGGCUAAUAAAUAGUGUGAUGAUAGUUUUCUCUGUUAUGAGAGAAAGAGUAUGAUGAAAGAUUGAAAUACUUUAGAUUGUACAUUUUCUUUUGAAAGAUUUGCAGGCCAAAUUUAUUUAUAGCUUGUUAAGGAAAAUUGAGUAUGUGUGCAUGCAAAUUUCAGUACUAUUUGGUAAAAGAAAAUGUGUUUACACUACUCGAUAAUGACUUUAAUGUGUUCAUUCCCUUGGCUUUAUACUGAUUUUGGUUGAUGUGUACCUUAUUGACAUGAAUAUACUUUAAACCUGUACCCGUCUCAGGGGCACUUAAUGAUUUGGAGGUCUAUACAGGUGUGUAUACUGUAAGUGUUUAAAUACCCUCUUAUAUCCACACACUACAUGUCGUGGCACCUGACAUAAGUGCCAUUAUAUGUAUUCUUAAUUUUCUCUGUAUCUGGCAUUCAGAUUUAAACCACUUCUGUGUGAGAAUGGGAAAAAUAAAUUCAAUCUAAUUACA